CCAGCUCGCGCCGUCAAUCGGGAAACGCCUGGCUUUUUCUGCUGGAGCCAUCUUUUUUGUUCUCUCCUUGCUUUCGUGACUUCGUCUUUAGAUUUAAAAAAAGGUUGAUUUUUACACCAACGAAGCUUCAAAAUGGAACGAAGAUAUGAAAACGAUCCCAAAGAACACGAUGAUACUAAGCGGGAGCGAAGGGAGGAAGCAGCGAAAACGGAACCGGAUAAAACAUUAGCGGUUACUCCAAUAGAUUCGUAUCGAUCGAGUUUCCCGAACUUCAGAAAACCAUCAGAAAUUGGUCACUUUUCCUUGGAUGUAGAUAGGAAAUUUCACGAUGACAGUCAUCAGUUGAAGUAUUUUUGCCCCCCUCGUGAGAUCCACUUCGAUCUAAGCGAAGGAUAUAAAGAGUUCAAAGCGAAAGACGAAGAUGUGAAAGAGGGACUAGGUCAUUUGCUAGAGUGGAUUAGUGCUCACAGAGAGAAAUUUGCACUACCGGGUGAAGAGAGGGUAGAGAAUGGACAAGCCGCAGAUGCCAGACCAGCAACGAAGAGUUUGAACACCAACUUUGUGACAUGGAGGGGCGAUCUCACCAAGCUGCUCUGCACUCCAUACGAGACCAAAGAGCCCUGGCAAAUGGCUGCAACCCUAUUCAAGGGCACUAUAUACUUCACUGAUGUAGAAACUCCGGAGGCACGCGAUCGUCGAAAGAACAUGGAAGAGCGACAUAAAGAAAUGUGUUACUGGGGGCAUAAAUUUGAAACAUAUGUCACAAAGCUUGUGUCUGAACGAGGCAAGAGGGAAACAGUGAUGGGAGCAUCGACAUCUACUGCGUCAACAUCAGAGGGUGGCGCUUCAGCUAAGCCUGUCAAUAAUUCAGAAGCUUAUGUGUCGGUGGUCAGAUCAAAACUGGAGAGGCAUUCCCUGGUGUUUGGUGCCGAGAUAGACUGCUGCACUGAGGAAACAGAAGAAUCGCCAGGAAAUUACAUCGAGCUCAAGACGUCUCGUGCUCCAAACAAACAACAGCACUGGUCUUUCAAUCGCUACAAACUGCUCAAAUGGUGGGCACAGUCUUACCUGGCAGGAGUGCCAAAAAUCAUUGCUGGUUUCCGUCAUCGUGACAGUCAGGUGGAUAAACUCGAAACUUACAACACCCUGGAAAUACCCCAUCUCCUUGAAAACCAACGAAACAUGUGGGAUUCAACCAUCUGCUUGAACUUCCUGGAAAAGUUUCUAUGCUGGUUGCGCUCUGUGGUGGUGUUGGACGACCCAAACAGAGUUUACCUUUUCUCAUUCAGUGCUCCAUUCGAACAAGUGGAAUACCAGGAAUUUACAAAUGGGGAGCAUAAGCUUUUGCCAGAAUGGUAUAUUAAGACAUUUUAAAUCAAUUUUGUAUAGUUACUUGUGUGUUUUGAGGGGUAAUCAGGUGAUAGAUGGUAAUACUUGUAAUAAGUAAUAGUGCAGGGGAAUAUAAGACCCCACCCUGCACGUGCAGAGAUAAGAAACUAUGUGGGUAACUGGGCAAUGGAAUAAUUUGACUGCGUCAGUAAUUAAAAAGGUAAUUAAUUUUCAUUGUAUAUUCUUAUAAAAAAGAUUCUAGAUGGAGCUACUGUAAGGAUGUCAUUUUCUGCUCCGGAUCUCAACCUGAAUUUUUCUUUAGAUGCUCCCAUGUAUUAUCAUGCUAGAGGAUCCAGCGUACUUUGCGGGCAGUUGUGACCUUUGACCUGGUAUUUGAUGAUAAGAUUUUGAAAUGUUCAAUAAAAUAUAGUGUCCCCAU